AUGGCACCCUCAACCUUGCAACCGUCGACGAGUGGACUAAGCGUCGGUGCGGCCUCCGAGAAGGCGACGGACCUAGCCGAACAGAAGGAGAUCGAGGCAAUAUGGAAGGAAGUCAAUAACAAAGUCGUCGAGCUGGCUGGUGGAGACCCCACCAAGAUCCAGAAGACUCUUGACAUUGACGCCGUUCUCAAGUUCAUCGAUGGUGUCCAGGACUCAGACAAGGAGAAGUCGGAGAAGUUUGGCCUAUUCAAGAAAAUCGUUGGGAGAACUCUGCAGUGCAUCAACACCGUUGGUGGACUGGUUGCAGAAGGCGCCUCAACAGUAUUUGCGCCGGCAGGGAUGUGCUAUAACGCACUCACUUUCGUCAUACAAGCUUGGCAGGGUUACGAGGGUAUCUUCGAGAACCUUGCCGAGCUCCUAGAAAAAUGCGUCGAGUUUCUCGAGCGUCUCGAGUCGUACCAGGGGAGGAUGGACUUCAGGCUCACGCGCGUCGCGUGCCAGAAUCUCCGCCUGUUCGUCGAGAUAUGCGACCGCACCAUCAAGUUGCGGCGAAAGCACAAGAGGUUUCUUGCCUUCACGAAGCAGCUCUUCCUGAACGACAACGGUAUCCAGGACCUGCUGAGUAUGAUGGACCGGCUCAAUGCGAAGGAGUCCUUGCUAGUCAACGCCCAGACCUACAGGAUAGUGAGCGACAGUGCCGGAGACGUCAAGUUGAUACUGGAAACCCAGAAGGAGCAGAAGAAAGAGGACGAGGCGAAGAAGUGGCGCCGGAAAAUCGCCAAAACGCUCGGGUUCCCGGGCACGACGUUGGAUGUGGACGGGGAACCGAUUCCAACGUGGCAGAGGACGUUCGAUUCCCGCAAGAACACGCUGGUUGGCGGAACGGGGGAGUGGUUGAAAGAUGAUCAGGUUUUCUGCCAGUGGGUGCAGUCGUCCUCCCUUAAAAGGUCAGCCGUCGUGCUAGAAGGCAAGAAUGGCUCGGGGAAGACGUCUGCAAUGGCCAAUGCUCUGAGAUGUGUUAGGAAAGGGGAACUAGCAGGGCCUACGUCUCGAACGGUCUCCGUUUACUUCUUUAUGGACAGCGAGAAGAGGAAACCCGAGGACGAGGACACUAGUAGUAUACUGGAGCUGGUAUCGCGAAUACUGCUUUGGCAGAUCGCUACCUCCUAUGAAGCGAUGACGAAGUCCGUAUACCAAAUCAUUGAGCGAUCUCCCGACUUCGACGGCACGCUGGACCUCUGGCAGCAACUGUUUGUCAACAACAAGGAGAGAAUGAAUUCGGACACAACUUUCUUCUUGUUCGUUGACGGCCUGGACAAGACGCUGGUCGAGCUGUUCCGGAAAUUGACCUCAGUCCCCGAUGACAAAAAAGCCCGCGUUUUCUUAACGGCCAGGACGGAUAUUGUAUCCGAUUGGCUCGACCAAGACGGCGGCCUCGAGUACGAUAUAAUUACACUCUCCGAUCAGAACAACGACGAUAUUGAUAAAUACAUCACGGAUCGGAUGGAUAACAUGCCUAUUCUCAAGGAUUCUAGCCGGCCUGGUAUCGAUGACUGGAGGAAUAGGAUUCUGGAGACUCUGCGAAGAAAAUGUGACGGCGAUUAUUUCAAGCUGAAUACGAGUCUCGAUGCCCUUUCCAAGGUUGACCUCGUCGACGACAUUAAAGAGGUGCUCAGGGACGCUGACAAGACUCGUACUGACCAAAUUGACAGCGAGAUCCGCCGCCUCAACAGGACGCGUACCGUUAAGGAGAUCCAAGAAAUCAACGAGAUAAUGCUGUGGGUCGAGACUGGCCGAAGCUGGUACUCAGUUGAAAUAAUGGAAGCUAUUCUAUCUGUCAAGUACCGGGCCAGAGAUUUCCCAGAUGCCCUUACUGCACCUCCAACGCUCACAAGGCGGAAGACCGGCGUGUCGGUUGCUGAUGAGGGGGAGACCCAGGCUACACUAACGAUAUCGCUUCUCCCUUUUGCCCAGAAGCUCGCCGAAAAGUACCCCAUAUUCACCAUUACGGACACGGGUUACGUCGACUGGCGAUCUUCCGAAAUCGUAGAACGGAUUCCCGAGAAGGGCUCUCAGCAGGAUGCCCUGUUCGAUGUAGCCGCGUACGGUCAACAGGUUAUUCAGGAGUCCGAGAUUUCCAUCGUUCGUCAUUUCCUCAACAACGUCUGCCCCCCCGAGCUUUAUGCCAGGUUUGGUUUCGAAGGGUUCUUUGAUGCGAUGCUUGGCGCUGGACGAAAGGACUACAUAUGCCUCGACAGCGACAAUGCGAACAUAAAAAUCGCUCUUACCUGCUUAACCAUCCUGACGGAAGAAGAGCUGCGGAGCAACAAGGUACUGCGCCAGUACUCGGUGAACUGGCUACUGGACCAUCUGAAGGAAGUCGACCUGGCAAUAGCGGACCGAGAUCUCAAAGGCAGGAUUGGACCACUCCUUGUCAAAUUUCUCACAGAGGAAUGUGGGAUCGACUCUAUGUUCUGGCCCUUCGAUACCAACGUAAGCAUGAACACCUGGGAUCAGAAUGAAUACAAAACCCUGCAUGAGGCGCGAUGCGAAUGGGUGUACUCCAUGUCUGGCGUUCAAGAACUGUCCCGGUGGUUCCACGAUUCCUCAGUGACCAAGCACAUCACCGAAGAGCCGGGCGUUUCUCUUGUCGCAGCGGUGAAGGCGCCAUCAGCCAACCUACAUGAAGUGCUCUACUCAUACGCGGCGAAGGAACUGGCGCAUCAUCUCUUCCGCCGCGUCGAGUUCACCCCUCGCCAAUUUCUCAGCGCCUGUUGGUUCAUACGCGGCUAUUUAUCACGGAUUGAUCCGGAGAAGUCAAGCCGGAUGCCGAGCGAGCCGGAUCCGUAUCGGGAUGAGGACUCGGAAAUGUUCGCGGAAUACGAGGGACGGGAGUUCUCCCUCGAUCACAUAGCGAUGAUCGAGGCCUGGGCGGCGAAGGUGCUCGACAAGCAGAAUGACUCACUGGUCGAGCAGGCCAGCUGGGAGAUCCACGGAGCGCUCAUCACCUUCCAGCUGUGCCCGUUUCAGCAUGGUGCGGUCGAGAUCUACCAAGCGCGCGCGCGCAAAACCGUCCAGCUCGACCCCAAGAAUUGGCACGCGUGCCACUUCAUCGCGAAGCAGCCGAACACGAGCUCCACCGAGGCUGUCGACCUGCUCUCGCGCGCCAAGAAGGCCAUCGACGAGCUGCGCAAGGAGGACGAAGACUGGAUUAAGGACCACGCCAACUCGUCGCUGCUCGCGCGCAUCACGCUCGACCUCGGCGACCGGCUGUGGGACCAGGGCGAGGACGACGCGCGCGCGGCGAGCAUCCACCGCGAGAGCCUCGACUACGACUACGUGCACUUCGUCAGCUACGUCGAGGUGCUGCUGCGGUACCGGGACCGCGAGGCGUGGGGCGAGCUCAUCGCUUUCGUCGAGGCGCUCAAUGCGGCGAGCGACAGCUGGGCCGCCUUCUUCGACGAGCUUGUUAACGAGUUCGUCUUCGACAUCGUCCACGUCCGCGAGUCCGACAUGCUCGCCCGCGCCGCCGACGCCACCGGCCGCUGGGACGUAGUCGAGAAGUUCUUCACCCUCGCCAUCGGCGUCAGCCACGGCAUCCACGAGGACACCCACGACCUGCUCUUCCUCGUCCGCGACGGCUUCGCCCGCACCCUCGCUUCCGCCGCCGACCCCGCUCGCCGCGACAAGGCCAUGGCUAUCCAGGAGACGGCGCUACAGGACAUCCGCCCCACCCGCACCGAGAGCCUGUCGCGCCACGCCAUCGAAGCCAUGACGGACUCGCUCGCGCAGACGUACCUCGACCGCGCGUUCCGCGAGGGCGUGUCGGCCGAGGAGGCCGCCAAGUACGGCGACUCCCUCGCCGGCUUGCUGCCGGACAUGGCCGACGUGGCCGACCUCUGGAUGAACUCGGUCACGGCGUGCUGUCUGAUCCGGUUCCACCACAAGCGCGGCAGCGGGCUGAAGCUGGCGCAGGACUGGACCCAGCACAUCGUGCGCACGAGCAUCGAGCUCCUGUCGGACGACGACGAGGAGAACGACGACAUGGCCUACUGGAUGUUCGCGCGGCUCACGAACACCGUCGACGACGUGCGCAACAACCGCAUCACCUGGGCCCUCCGCAACAUGGUCCAGUACAACGCGCUCCAGCGGUGGCAGAAGUGGGUCGACGCCGAGAAGGAGGCCGCCGCCGCCAACGGCGCCAACGGCGCCGAGGACGAGAGCAAAACCGCCGCCGCACCGCAGCCGCCCGACGGAGACCGCGAGGAGAAGGCGGGGGACGCGCCGGGCAAGCCGACGUGGUUCGUGAGCUGCGACGGGUGCGACCGGGAGUGGGCAGUGAUGAGCGAGACGCUGCACUCGUGCGCGGACUGCGUCGGCGCGCUGCAGCUGUGCGCGGCGUGCCUGGAGAAGCUGCGCACGGGCGAGCUGGAGAAGAGCAAGCCCGACCUGCGGUGCCGCCCCCAGCACGAGUUCAUCGAGGUGCCGUCCUGGGACCCGCGCCUCGUCGAGGGCAUGCCCCGCGGCUACGUCCCGCUGCCGGACGGCGGCGCCGAGCGUUGGAUCAGCAUGGACCAGUGGAAGGCCGAGCUGAGGAAGAAGUACUUAGACGGGGAUGCGAAAAAGUAG